UUCCUUUUCUGUAUUCUUCCUUUCCCCUCUUCCUUCUUCCAGCGCUCCCUCCAUCACAUCCUCUUUCCCCCUCUUGAUUGUUGUCCCAACCAGAGAAGUGAGUUCUUUGCUAUGUAGCUUGCACUAAUUCUCUCUCCCAGUCUUUUCUGCGCAUGAGUCACCGCUGGCCGCCUCAGUGAAGGUGUGACAAUUUCUGGGGACCCAACUGGCUGAGGAAGACGCGCUCAGCACCAGCAGGCGAGUGAGCAGAGGUACGACUCUCUAUUUCAGUUGAGACGUAGAGAGGAGAGAAAAGAUUCAGCUCCAGAGAUUGCGAGGUGAUUUACAUACCGGGAAGCAGUCGGUGUUCGAGUGGGUUCUGCUGAAGAUGGUUCGGCCAGUGGGUUCCAGUACCCAGUGCGUAGAGAAGCACCUUUCAGCACCCUGGACAGCGUGCGCAUUGCCUCCUCUUUCAGCUCCUAGAACCUAAACCGAGCUUGAGCUUCGCUCGCUCAGACUCAAACAGCUUGCAGUCGUAUCUCUUCCUGGCCAUGGGACCCAGGGUAAGUCCGUAGAGCAAUGGACUUGGCUGAAGCCCUCCUGGCGCUCCUUCUCGGCUCAGUCCUAGUCGUCUCGCUUCUGUCCAAUCUGCUGGUGCUAUUAUGUUUUCUCUCCAGCUCCGAGCUCCGCCAGCAAGUGCCCGGGCUCUUCCUGGUCAAUCUGUCUCUGUGCAACCUGCUGUUGACCGUCCUGAACAUGCCCUUUACUCUUCUGGGUCUCCUGUGGCGCCAGCAGCCCGUAGGGGACUGCGCGUGCCAGGCGGCGGGCUUCUUGGAAACUUUGCUGGCGUCCAACGCCAUGCUGAGCAUGGCUGCGCUCAGCCUGGACAAGUGGGUGGCUGUGGUGUUCCCGUUGAGCUAUGCGAGCAAGGUGCGUGGCCGCGAUGCUGCGCUGCUGCUGGCCUACGCCUGGCUGCACUCGCUCGCCUUCCCGCUGGCCGCGCUCGCCUGCUCCUGGCUCGGCUACAACGGUACCUACGCGUCCUGCACGCUGUACCUGCGGGUGGAGGCGGAGAGGAGGCGCUUUGCCGCCUUCACGGUGGCCUUCCACGCCGCCAGCUUCGCGCUAUCUCUCGUGGUGCUCUGUUUCACCUACCUGAAGGUGCUGCGCGUGGCCCGCUUCCACUGCCGGAGGAUCGACGUCAUCACCAUGCAGACCCUCGUUCUGCUGGUCGAUAUUCAUCCCAGUGUGAGACAGCGCUGCCUUAAUGAGCAGAAGCGGCGGAGGCAGAGGGCUACCAAGAAAAUCAGCAUCUUUAUAGGCUCCUUCGUCCUCUGCUUUGCUCCUUACGUCAUCACCAGGCUGGUGGAACUCCUUCCAUUCAUUACAAUCAACAACUACUGGGGAGUAAUAAGCAAGUGCCUCACCUACAGUAAGGCUGCCUUGGACCCUUUUGUGUAUUCAUUGCUGCGUCAACAAUACAAGAAGGUGGUGAUCAACAUUGUCAACCGACUGCUGAGAAGAGAUUUAUACCCAUCAUCUGGCUACAAUAGCUCUCUUGACACAGAGAAUGAUUACUGCCUCCAUCGGCCAAAUUGAACUCCAUUAUUGGGAUUUGGAGGCUGAGAUUGGGCAGGUUUUUAACCACGCUGGUCAUUUUUCAGCAAGCCUCUUAUUUAUUGGGCUGAUAGCUGUGAAGGGAACUUGGGUCACCUCAGAGUCAGAGAGUAUCCCAUUCUCUUUGGGGGCAGCAUUGGUCUCAGUAGCAUGACUUCAAUCAAGACCAAGACAGGGAAAAGGGCAAAGGGUAUGGAUUUACUCUUCCCAUCCCCACUUGCUGCUAAACUGGAAUUUGGGAUUUUCCCUAUAAGGUCUUAAGGGAUAGUGCUUCAUUUUCUUAUGUGAUAUAUCGAGGCAUCUUAGGUGAGUUGGGAAGGAAUUGGUUUUGGAGUCAGGAGACCUAGACUAGAAUAACAGCUUUGAUACAUGUUGCCUUGGUCUUCAUUCCUAUGAGCUUCAUCUUUUUCAUCGACAGAUGGAGAAAAUUAGACUAGAUGAUCUCUGCGAUACUUUCUAACUCUAGAUCUUAUAAUGAAUUAGAGGAAUGCUGUGGCAGUGGGAAGGGAAGCCUGGCAGGAAGAACUGGAGAACUUCCAGAAUCCUUGCCUGCCCCUACUCCAGGGAUGUCUCUGCCCUUCAUCAUUUGAAUAAUGUGAAAGCAUUAUUAUAUUUAAGAGGCAAAAUGAUGGAGCAGAAAAGGAACUGCAUUUUAGUUUAAAAAGCUAGGUACAAAUCCCACCUUUACUGCUUACCACCUAUGUGACCCUGGGCAAGUUCCUUUCCAUCUGUAAGGCUAACUCACUUUCCUCAUCUGUAAAAUGAGAGAGGUUAGACUUUGUGGCCACUAAGGUCCUUUUAGCUCUUUAUCUAUGAAUCAAUUCAUCUCCUUUUCUCAUCCUCCUUCCCUCACCAAAGAGUUUGGUUUAAUCUAUUGGUAAAUUAGUAAAUUUUAAAUUUACUUACUUUUACUUUGAUACCACACUAGUCCAACAUUUCCAUUUGGAAGAGUAGUCUAUAAUGAUCAAAGAAACCAGCAAGUUUAAUGUUGAUAACUUUGUCACCUUUUACUCUUGGAUGAGUGAUUAGUGAAAGAUUCCAUUUGGAAUAAGGAAAAACUUUUCACUACGCACCAUAAAAGCUAAGAACAUAGUAUGUUCCAUAAAACAGAAAGAUUAAAGACAGGAACUUAAUUUCCCUCCUCCACACCAUGAGUAGAGUAAAAAAAAAAUUAACUUAAGCAAGCUUUGAACCAAUGGCUUGCUAUUUUGAUUUCCACUCUCAACCUACCUUCCACCAUAAUCCCCCAUUUGUAAAGUAUCAAUGGAAUGAAUUUCUUAUUUGUCAUCAAACUUCUAACAUACCAAGAGCCAUUGAUGAGGAGACAUUGGAGAGAAGGGCUUGGCGUGCCAGAUGUUUGCAGAAUCAUUCAUUUGAGAACAUUCAAGUGUUAAAUAAUGAUAUAAAGAUUACCAGGCAAAUUUAAGAUGCAUUGGGAUACUCCCAUUUUCUCUCCUCUAUAAAUCACAUGUCCAAGAUAAGAACUAGAAAACCCAAUCCUGGAUUUUCAGUUAUUCCCAAAGACCUGACUUUAAAAAUUCUCAAAGGCAAUGUCCAUCAUUAUGUAUAAACUCAUUUGGUGGACAUUUGGGUUACCAACAGAUUGCUCCUUGCAUGACCUACUUUAGUGGGGUUAUCACCUAAGUCAUUCAUCAUUUGAAUUUACCUUGUGUGGGUCCAUUGCAAGUCAAAUAUCUUGUUGGGAGAAUAGACAGUGUCCAAGAAACAAGAUAACCAGAUUCUGAGUCCAAUUCUGCUGCUAGUGUAAUCUCGAGCAAGUCUCUAUUUCUAUAACCCUUGGUUUCCUGGUUGUUGUAACAAAACACUGAAUUAGACUCUAAGAUUCAACCUAGCUCCAACACUUUGUGAUUCUGACUUAUAUUCAAUAAAUGACACUGAUUUUGAUUGUGUUAUUAUAAAUGCAAGUUAUAUUGACUAGGUGUUCACUGGUCUAAAAAAAAAAUAAAGCCCAAGCCCCAAAUCAAUGAAUCUGGCUUAAAUGGGUCACAUUUGCAAAAUGAAAGGAUAUGAAUUUUCAAAAAAUUUACUGCAAGAACCCAAGUUUGUGAAUAAAAAUAUAAGUAUUAGAAUAUAUCUUUGAGAUUGUUUCCUCAUUUUACAGAUAUGGAAACUGAAGUCAAUCUUAGGGAAGUAAUUCAUUCUAGGCUACUCUGUUAUAAGAUAGAAGGAUUCACACCCAGGUCUCCUAAUUUCAAAUCCAGUGUUUUUUCUUCCACAGGACUAUGAAGCCUCAUUUAUUAAUGGAACCAGAACCUAGUUAGAGGCUUAGGGUAGAAUUUAAUUUUUCAGUGAUCCUUCCCCAAUCCAUAAUGAUGAAAACUUCUCCAGAAAGCUCUCCUACUGCUUUCUUUGCAUGUGAGUCAUGUACGCCUCAAUGCAGUAAAAAAUAAUUCUGCUUAUGUUAUAUUGGAAUGUGCUGUCCUGUUUUGUCCUUUUAGUAAGGUGUUUGUCCUUUGUACAUCUGUGUAAAUAGAAUAUUUGUUCAGGGGAAGCAUUCAUGUGAAAAAAGAUGCUGCCUAUUUGUCACAGAAUUCCCAUCUAUCCCACUGAUACCUUAGGAAAAAAAUUUCCAAGGAAGUCUGUCAUCACUGUGAAAGUUAGCAGUCCUUCCAUGUGGAAGAAUCCAAAAGAUUUGUGUUUGUUUCAAGUGAAAUUGUUUUUUUUAAUAUGUAUUUUGAUAUAGAUUGGAUUAUUUCAUGGCCACUGGAUAUCAAACUCAGUGGAUGGGACACUUAUGCUGAAGUACUGUUUUUUAGCCUUUCUUAACCUAGAUUUUAUUUUAUUUUUUUUAGUGCUGUGGAUAUUGAGGAAAAUAUUUCACAUGUCCUUUGGUGUAUCAUGAAGCUAUGUGGUUUCCCAAAUGGUUUCUAAAUUAAUAAAAGUUUCAUUUGCGUGA